UAAUAGAAAAGGUUUCUUCAGCUUGAAUGCUAUGCUCAUAUGUAACCAUAAUAUGGAAAUACUUGCAGUAGACGCCACACACCCUGGCUCAUGUCACGACUCAUUCAUUUGGAAAAAUAGUCAGGCGAAAAACUAUUUAUCGAGGUCAAUAAAUGAUAAUUUCAUUUUGGCAGACUCCGGUUAUGCACUGGAAAGAUUCGUGCUGACUCCAUAUAGGAAUGCAGAAUUAGGAACAUUUCAGCACAAAUUUAACAUGAAACAUGCAGCCGCGAGAAAUAUUGUCGAGCGCACUAUUGGCGUUCUCAAAAGUAGAUUUCGCUGCCUACAACAUGGUUUAAAUUACGAACCUAAAUUUGCUUGCAAAAUCGUUAAUGUGUGCUGUGCACUACACAAUAUUUGUCGCCAACGUAACACCCCAUCUGAAGAAUAUGUAGAGCACAAUGAAUCUCUUGAAAACGAUAAUGCAGAAAAUGAAUACGAAGAUCAUCAAGAUGGAGUAUCAUUAAGGGAUGAAAUUGGAGUAUCAUUAAGGGAUGAAAUAGCUCGUAUAAUUCGUUAACUGCAGUUCAGUAGUGUACAAACAAUUACGUAUAAAACUGAUCAUCCAAUCUUCUUGCAACGCUAAAAAUUUUUUAAACUAAACUUUUUAUAAAACCUUGGUUUAUACAAUAACAAAUUAAUUCAGUUUUGUAGCUCGCAUUCAAAUUUCAAACAAAUAUAUCAUGUAUUUAAGCAAACUGAAAAUGUCAUAUUUCAUUUAUUUAUGUUUUUAAUUAACUCAAACGUAACAUGUGUGUAGUAUAAUAGGCGGCAUACACCAUACGUCUGACUAGCGAGUUAUAAGCGCACCACAUAUUGACAACUUUUUACAAUUAUUUUGUUUUGUUUAAUUUUA